GUCAUUGCUGGGGUGGGAGGUACACGUUACGCGAAGCUGCAAGGCGAGCACACGUUACAGAAAGGUGCCUGCUUUUGAAUCUUCUCCUCCAACCUCCACAACCAGCACGUUCUCGUGAAACGCAAGUGUCACCAUGCCACCGAUUCCAAUCCACAUCGACGACCCCAUCGCGCCCGUCAAACCCCAAGGUGCAACUCCACAAACAUCAGCCGAGCAACAGCAGCAACCACAACGCGACGCACGACUCCCCGCCGCGAACACAGCAACAGCAACAGCAGCAGCUCACAACCCGACCGCCGCAUCCGCAUACCCCGCCGCUCGCCCCGGCGCCCCUGCAGUCCCUGCUCCCACACCUUUCAUCCAGCCCGCACCUCCUCAAGCAACUCGCACACAACCCUAUGCCUCAAGCGCCCAAGAUGGCCCGCCAGCACCCCAGCCCGGCGCAGUCCCGAUCCCGCCUCAAGUAGCCGUGACCGCUACGGCAGCAAGUCCUCUCCCUCCUCCGCCCAGACCAGGCGAAGCUCUAAAACAGCGGGAACACGAACAACACGCAACAACGACCACCAUGCCCCCUCAAAUGGCCAUCCCAGCACCAGCGCAGAACCUCGCGCCCACGUACUCCACCCACCCCUCCGCGGCCUCCGACGCCCGCAUCCCCGGCACAACGCUCAAUCUCGGCCCCGUAAGCGCGCCCGCGGCCGGCGGGUACCAGCAGAACACGUCCGCGCAGGAGAUGCCGGCUUCGCAGCGCGCGGGGUUUGAGGCGCAGCUUGAGCAGCAGGGGCGGAGCGGGAGUUUGGGCGGGGCGGGGGCGGGGGUUAGUAGUGUUGUUGGCGGGGUGGGGGAGGCUUUGACCGGGGAGACGGCGGAGAAUGCUUGGAAUGCGGUUAAGGGGUGGGUUGGGGCGGCGGGGGAGAAGUUGGUGGAGACGGAGGAGAGUGUGUGGAGGAGGAUUAAUGGGAAGUGA